AUGCAGACUGGCAAACAACCAGCCUUGUGGCGAGCCAUAGCCCAUGGAAAUCUGAAAAUGGCCGCCAAAGUUAUAACUCGCAGCAAGCCAAACAUCAACGCCGUAUACCGCGGGCGGACCGCGCUAUGUGUGGCGAUUCAACGAUACGACAGAACUGCCGUUGAUUUCUUGCUGCAGCAGCCGACAAUGAAUCCUGGCACAUCAUGUUUAUCUGAUCCUGAUAUGCUGUCUUUCGCAGCGAGAAAAGGUGACCUUGGGUUGGUGGAACGAUUACUUCGUUUUCCAGCGAUAGACAUCAACUGCCAGGACUAUUGGGGAAUGAUACCGGCCAUGCAUGCACUUGCCUCUGGCGAAUUUUACAUUCUGCAGCUUUUCCUGUCAGAUGAUCGGAUGGAUGCAAACAUCACCAAUGACUGUGGCCAUACUUUGCUGCAUUUGGCAGUACAGAAAGCCGAUACCGUAUCGAUCCAAAUCUUGGUGCGCCAUGCACGCGUCGACGUCAAUGCCCGCGAUUCGGAGGGCCAAACACCUCUUCACUUAGCAGCAAGCCAAGCCCGUCGCCAUAAGCCCGACAGAAUAGCUAUUUCUUUAUUGGAUUCCGCCAGAGUUGACAUCAAUGCUCGGGAUACUCAGGGUCGGACCCCUCUUUGGCGUGCGAUUGAGAGCUCCGGCAAUGAUGUAGCACAUAUCAUUCUGCAGAAGUCGAAUGUAGACUUCUCCAGUGAUCAGAACUCGAUGAUACCAUUGGCCAUUGCAAUUAGAAGAGGGUGUGAAAGCAUUGUGAAGCAUAUGCUACGUCAUCCUAAAUUCUCUAUCCCGGACGUUCAUAAAGCUUCAAUUUCUCCAAUGUGGGAAGCAUGCCGUUCAGGGAACGCAAACAUAGUCACUGAGCUCUUGCGCUGGAAUGUGAUUGAUGUCAAUCAAGUGGGCCCUACGGGAACCAGCCCGCUUCAGGUGGCUAUCGUUGGGCAGCAUGUGCCAAUUGUUCGCCUUCUCUUAGGUGACGGCGACCGAGUUGCAGUCAACCACUUGGGGCCUCAGCAGUGGUCAGCACUUACCUUCGCUGCUGCCGCUGGGCAUCGUGAGAUUGUUAGUUUACUACUAAGCCAUCCUCAUAUAGAUCCCAACCACAUCGACGACCUCGGAAGGCGCCCAUUGUGGUGGGCCAUCCACGGAAACCACUUGGAGGUGAUGCAGUUGUUGUGCAGUGAUCUUCGUGUCCAGAAGAGCCAUAAGCUGAGAGAGCUUCGAAAUCUUCAGCAGUAA